AUGUACAUCCUUAAAUUAAAAGGGGAGUACAAAGAUGCCAGCUAUAUUGAAGUCGAUGGUAAUGAUUGCCUUGCCACUGUCAUUGAAAAUCAUGAACUUUAUCUCUUUAUUGACUUAGUUAAACAAAAAAUCGAUGUAAAUCAAAAAUUCUGCGAAUAUCCGGACCAAAGAGUAAGUCCAUCAUUAGCCAAAGAUGUCAAGAUCUUUCCUAUAUUCACUACAAUGACUGCAACGAAGCUUGACAAUCAAGAAAAAUUCGAAGCGGAAAUUACAGCUCCUCCUCCGAAACCAGCACCAGAAACUAAACAAAAAACUCAAAAGGAAGAUUUUCACGCUAUUUUACCAACGGUUGUCACCCAAAAAACGAAACAAUCUUCUAUUCCUCCACCGCCUCCUCCCAAGAUUUCCACAUAUACUCCUCCAACUGUUAAAACUACAUCUUUAAGAGAUCAAAGUACUAAUACAUCCAGUAUUCCACCACCUGCUCCUCCAGAACAAACAGAUCCGUCUAACUUCAAAGAACUUGUUUCCCAGCUAACUGACAUGGGACUUGACGAAAAGUCUUCAACAGAGGCACUUAGAAAGACAGGAUACGAUGUUACAAAAGCUAUUAAUUACAUAUUUGGUCAAACAUCAACAGACAAUGCUCCACCACCACAGCCACAGCAGCAGACAAAAUCACAAGAUUCUAACUCAGAUCCUACUUAUAUUUUGCAAGAUCAGAUUGACGCCAUUUUAGCAGGGUAUUCUUCAUCAGAAAGAGAUGCAAUUAAUAGAUUACACGAUCAGGGAUACUCAAUGAUGAAUGUCUUGCAGUUAUUUGAAGCUUGUGGUAAAGACGAGAAUUUGACGAAGAAUAUUCUUCAAAGCCAAUAA